CAAACCAGGCCACGGUCACACUUAAUUUUUAAUGAGAAUUGCAUAAAAUUCAGGAUUUCUGCGGCAGUUUUUUAGUUAACAAUAUUAACCGCUUUACUCAAGCACUAUGCUAAACAAGGCAACUUUAAUUGGAGCAGUCGUGCGUCGCUCCUUUGGGUCCUCGCCGAUUAUGCGCCAGACGAUCAAGAACCAUGAGCCCAACAAUCUUGAAAGACGUAUGCUGGUGUGGACCGGUAAAUACAAGUCGCAGGGCGAAGUGCCGAACUUUGUGAGCCAGGAUGAGAUGGAGCGCUGCCGCAACAAAAUGCGGAUCCGGCUGGCCAACAUCAUGAUCGCUCUCACCGCCGUCGGUUGUGCCAUUAUGGUCUACAGCGGCAAGCAGGCAGCUAAGCGAGGGGAAUCCGUGUCGCAGAUGAAUCUCGAGUGGCACAAGCAGUUCAAGGAACCCCAAGCUGGCGACAAGGCUGCUCCCGCCGCCAAAUAGGAACCUGCUUCGAAACCACAACACCGUCUAAGUGGAAAGUUGGAUGAACACUCUAGAAACAUUUUAGUUUUGUUUUCUUUGGUAUCGUUUUGUGUUAGAAAACAAUUCGCUUAAGCAUGUAUUCAUGCCACAUCCUUGUUCGAUAUUUAGUGAUAUUUAUAGACUCAAAGUUAGUUUCAAUUGUAAAAAAGAAUAAAUAUUUUUAAAAUACUGUGCUUGUGAUUGAGCGAUUGAUAUCUAAGCUAUCUAUCUAAGCUAAUAAAAGGAUGUAACUGGCCCACAAA